GAUCUAAGCUCUCACUGUGUGAACGCGAGUCGGCCGGCGAACGCAGUCAGCGAGGGAGGAGAAGAGUGUGAGGUGCAGAGUCUGUGCUUGUGUGAGUGAGAGUGUGUGUGUUUGUCUGUGUGUGUGUGUGUGUGUGUGUGUGUGUGUGAGAGACACCAGACAGCCGGUGCAGUGUUUUUAAAGUGAACGGUACAUCUGCCCCUCUGCCUCUCUACUUUGGACUGAACCACUAACAAGGACUCACCCUUUGGACUAUCCCAGCUCUACUUACCUCUCAAGGGAACACCUGCGCGUACGUGCGUGUGUGCGUGCGUGCGUGCACGCGUUGGUGCGUGCGAGUGUGUUUGCGUGUGAGCCGAGACAGCGGACUUCGCCCCGGUGAACAGUGGAUGACUUCAGUGGACGAGGGCUCUGCCGGUGUGGAGAGGGGGGCUGCUGACCAUGGACUGCCCUCACUAGUGGACGGGGGCGCUGGGGAGGAUCGCCUUCCGGUCAUCAUGUGCACGCGGCCCGCUCCUGACCGUGUCCCUGAGUGCCAGCUGUUCCCGGGGGAGGUAGAGGAGCCUGAGGAGGAGGCGGCGGCAGACGAGGGCAGGGAGAGGGAAUCGGACAGAGACAGUGCCGUGGAGAGCACCCAAGGGUCAGACACCUCCGACGGGCCGGUCAGACCUGAAGACAAGGAAGACGCGCUGGGGCAUCUCUUUUUCCCCGGGGAGAAGCGUGGUCAGACCAGCGUCUCGGUGACCUCUGACCUGUCCUCGGCUUCGCUGAACGAGGAGCAGUUCGAGGACUACGGCGAAGGGGAGGAGCCGGAAUACGCUGCAGGCAGCCCGUGCCCGGACGACGAGACUCGAACCAACGGGUGCUCCGACCUCGGCUCGUCCGUUCCCUCCAGUGCGGGGCAGACUCCUCGUAAGGUGCGUCAGCAUUACAGCGGCGAUCCGAUGGACGUCUACUGCUCUCAGUGCAGCAAGAAGGUCAACCUGCUGAACGACCUGGAGGUGCGCCUCAAAAACCUCAAGACUAACAGCCCCAACCGGAAAAUCACCAGCACUGCCUUCGGAAGGCAGCUGCUUCACAACAGCAACUUGAGCAGCAGCAACGGCAGCACCGAGGACCUUUUCCGAGACAGCAUCGACUCCUGUGACAUCGACAUCCACGAGAAGGUGACUUUUCUGGAGAAGAAGGUGGCCGAGCUGGAGAAGGAGAUCCUGAUGAACGUAGAAGUCAAGUCCAGGCUGAAGCAGGAGAACACGCAGAUAGUACACAGGGUUCAUGAGCUCGAGGAGCAGCUAAAAGACCAGGAGACGCGAGCGGAACAAAGUCUGCAGGAGGGGCUGAGACGACACCGAGAGUCCUACGGCAAGAUGGAGAGAGACAAGAGCACGCAGAUCGAGCUGCUGACCAGCCGCGUGAAGCAGGUGGAGGAGGAGAACAGUGAGAUGAGUCUGAGCUUGAGUCGGCUCAAAUCGCAGACGGAGAAACUGGAUGAGGAGAAGCAAAGAAUGACCGACAAGCUGGAGGACACCAGUCUGCGCCUGAGGGACGAGAUGGACCUCUACAAGAAAAUGAUGGACAAACUGAGGCAGAACAGGCAGCAGUUCCAGAAAGAAAAGGAGGCCAUGCAGGAGCUCAUCGAGGACCUGCGUCGAGAGCUGGAGCAUUUGCAGCUCUUCAAGCUGGAGGCAGAGAGGACCGGCCGCACGCGCAGCUCUUCCUCCGGCCUGGCGGACUUCAACAGCAGGACCAGGGAGGUGGAGCUCGAGCACGAGGUCAAGAGGCUCAAGCAGCAAUGUGUGUCCCAGGACUUUCUCCCCCAUGACCUCCAGCACCUGGUGUUGUCUGGGGCUCGGCUCCGUCCAGGUCUGAUGGAGAACCAGAAGCUGAGGGAGCAGAACGACGAGCUCAACGGUCAGAUCCUCAGCCUCAGCCUGUACGAGGCCAAGACGCUGUUCGCCACGCAGACCAAGGCCCAGUCCCUCGCCGCUGAGAUAGAGACCGCCUCCAGAGAUCAGUUAAUGGAGGCCCUGAAGGAGCAGGAGGAAAUCAACAUACGCCUGCGACAGUACAUGGACAAAAUCAUCCUGUCCAUCCUGGACCACAACCCCUCCAUCCUGGAGAUCAAGGGCGAAUAGCAGGGACUCCACUGGAAUGAGUGGCGGAGGGGGGGGCAGAAACCUGUAGAGGAGACCAGAGGGAGCCGGAGCCCGUCCGACCGGCUGAAGCGGAUAGAUGAACUUGCGGCGCCACCUGCUGUUGGUGGCAGGGGGCGCGCUGCACUGAACUAAAAGGGAGCUUCUUCUCACUGCGGGUCACACUCCUCCAAACCUGCUCUGUUUUUUACCCACUGUCCAUUCUGUGAUUGAUCUCAUAACAAAAGUGGAAUAUCCCGCACUAAAGACACUCGACAGAUUUGCCCGGAUGUGGUACACUGGUCACGUGCGCCCUGCCACUGGAACAGCGUAACACUCGAAACAUCCGCAGAGGCACCGUUUGAAAAUAGAGUGAAACCGGCCCAUCUUUUUCCCCCCUGUCACGUGGGAACGCAUUGUUGACACUUUUAUUCGGACCGGCGUGUUUAAAGAGAGAGAAAAGAGUGAAAAGUGGUCAGAGAGAGAAAAACCAUAAGGGCCCCCUGAGACUACAGGGGAAGCGGAGGAUGGUGGUCGGGGGGGGGCAUGCAAGCGGAGGAGGGUUUAAGUUUAAGUCGUCGAUGGUUAAUUGAAGGUGAUUUAGUCUCAGUUGUUUUCCUGAGAACAUGUCUUCCAGUGAGCUUGCAGUGUCAAUCAGCCCGAUGGAGAAGUGGCCCUUUUGGGGCGGUCCGGGUCAAAGGAGCGUCACUUUGAACUGUCACUUCCAUGGCUGCUAAGUUGGUAGCGACGCAUCGGUCUGGGUAAAAAUAAAUAAAGUGCGUCGUCGCUAGCGAUGGACCCCGUUGAUGUUGCAUAGACAUGUAAGGAUAUGAAUGUACAGGCUGUGGGGGACCGGGUCACCAAAUCAACUCUCUAUGCUCAGUGAAAUCAACUCAGAUAUACUGUACGUGAGCAGCACAGGAGACUCACUUUUUGGUACAAAGAAAGAGAAAAAAAUGGAAUUGGCCAUCUCGUUCAGUGUUUCCCCGAUGGGGAUCGGGAGGGGAGGAGUUUUUUUUUUGUUUUUUUUAAUAAUUCCAGACUUUUUUAGGGGGGGCGGGGCCUCCUCUAAUAUAAUGGUAGGGGAAACACUGUCAUUGAAGCCUACAGGUUGCAGUUUUUUGUUUGUUUUUCUGAAACUCUUGAUACUGUAAAUAUAAUGAAUGUACAACUCGUCCCAUGAGGCCCAAAACAGCCUUUUGACCUUGAGUCGCUGUAAUUGUUGUUACACUCACGUUGGUACUGUAACAGAGAGGGCAUUGCUUAGGGGAAGGGAAACAAUUACAAUCUGCUGUAUUAUGUAAUUAUUUCAGUUUUGCUUCCUUGCACAAAAGAAAAAACAACAUUGUUUCCUUUUGCAUGGCUCACCUUUUCUUCUGUCUGUGCCUUUUUUUGGGGGACAUUUUUCGAGACAACAUCUCUUUAGAGUCACAUAGUUUCUCCUCCGAAGGUCUACGUGUCUACGUCUGACAUAUGUCCUUGACUUGUAAAUGUUGUAAUUAUAUAGUGAUACUUUGUAUUCAUGUGCCACUCACCCCUCUUUUUUCAGAUUGAUACAAUAUAAACUAUUUUCUACAGUUUUAUUCAGAAGGUAACUGGCGUGUUGCUUUUAGCUUUCCUUUUAGAAAAGCAGUACACGGGCCUGGUUAGCAUUUUGGGAAUAUUUUGUCAAUGUCCACUUUUUAUGAUGUCGGGGAUGUCAUUUUUCAGUUUACAGUUCAUUGGUGGCCCUUAGAAAUAAGUCCAUUGCUUUUCAAUCUGAUUAAAAAUGGCUUUUAUAUGGUUGUAAACUGUCUUCCUAACUUAAAGUAAAUGGUGAGCAUUAUGAGCAGUAACUUAUUUGCCAAUAACUGUUGAUUUGUGUCUUGUUUUGCUUCACAAAUCGUUUUACUCUGCAGCUCUUUGUACCAUUCUAGGUUUUGAAAAAAAGAAUACACUUGUCACAAAUUCAUUUCUUGUAGCUCUCACAUUUGGAAUUAUCAGGGCUAUCUAAUACGAUGUAUUCAUUAUAAACAGCAAUAAAUAUGAAUUUGCCAGUGAA